AUUUGUUGCUUAACUUUAGUUUUUUGAUCCACGGCUUGGGCAGAAAUAAACAGACGAAGCAUUUCUAAAUUUCUAGUGUAAAUAAAUAUUUGGUAAUAUAUAAGUUUUCUAUGUUUAUGGACUGAAUUUAUUUAGGGUAGUUAUAUACCAUGUCAUUACCAAGAUGGUAUGUCUUACCAAAAACUGGUCGACGUCCUCAAAGUCUAAGAAAAAUCAAAUUUAGAGAGGCCUGGCCUAUGUCAUUAGAUAAUCAAGUCUCAACAAAGGGUGGUAAAAGCUCUGAGGCUCCUUGCUUGAAGGAAACUUUUGCUUUUUUGUCAUGCUUGAAAGAUAAUGACAAUUCUCAUGAUGUAUGUCGUAUUCAAGGUGAAGAAGUCACAAAAUGCUUUAAUAAGUUCAUGGAAAAAAGAGAGGAAUUAAAAAUGCAUGGAAAAAAUGUGAGAGAUUUCAUGCCAGAAAAAAGUGUAAAAGAUAUGGAACCUACUGAACUAAACCGAUUUUUAUCUCAUUUUCCUCAUAAAUUAAAAAAAUAACUAGCGUUAAGUUCUUAAAAUUUUAUGUAGCAUUUUAUUAAUAAACUAUGAUCAUUACUGUU